AUGAGGAACCUUCGAAUUUUGAAUGAGGGCCAGGUGGUUCCCGAGUCCAGGACGUACCCUGACCUCACCAUAGCCGAUGCGGUGUUCGACGUUACACAAAAUAGCAUUCUUUUUGCACUUACGCUGCCCGAGUCCGGAAUUUUCGAAGUUCAACUGUUCAUGAAAACCGGUGAAACUGCCGUUCUUGCGUCAUUUCCGGUGUCUGACGCUUCGUUAAAGAGCUUUGCGCACUUUGUGGACUCGUGUCAGCUUGUGUUUGCCUUCAGCAACGGAGAUAUUAUCACGGCAACUUAUGAUCCCACCGCUCCAGAUCCAGACACAACCAUAGUGGAAAUUGUAGGUUCAAUUGAUGCUGGUAUUUGGGCUGCCGAGUGGUCCUAUGACGAAGAAACAUUUGCUGUUUUGACGGCGGAGUACAAGUUGGUUCUUCUUUCCCGCCAACUCGAACCGGUGGCUGAAAAAAUGUUGGAUCCCAGCGACAUCAAAAUCACCGAUUCCAAGCAUGUUUCCGUAGGAUGGGGUAAAAAAGAAACCCAGUUCAAGGGAAGAGGAGCCAUGGCUGCCCAGAGAGAAAGAGAGGCGUUAAAACAUGCCGGUUUGCAUGAAAAUGUGGACAAUCUCAAGGACCCUACAGUAGGUGAAAUCGAGCAAGGAAUUUUGUCUACGGCGGAUUUGGGAGUUAACACCAUCUCGUGGAGAGGAGACAGUGCUUACUUGGCAGUAUCUACCAUAGAACUGGUCGUGGUGGAAGAUACAGGCGAAAAGUACGAUCGUCGAGUCAUAAGAGUAUUCAGUCGAGAAGGUGAACUCGACAGUGUCAAUGAAGCCGUUGAUGGUCUCGAGCAUAAUUUGGCAUGGAGACCCCAGGGCCACAUAGCGUCCACUCAAAGACACACAGACGGGGAAUCUGGAAUCGAUAUUGUAUUUUAUGAGAGAAAUGGUCUUCGUCAUGGAGAGUUCAAUUCGAGACUAGACCCAGAUACCAAUACGAUCAUAAGUCUUCAUUGGUCCUCCGACAGCAGUGUGCUAGCUGUGCAUGUCCUUAGCACCAUCGACAACACGAAUCGAAUCCAGCUCUGGACUACAAAAAAUUACCAUUGGUAUUUGAAGCAGGAAAUCAGCUUUGCUGAAAUAUCCUUCCUCAAAUUUCACCCAGAAAAACCAUUGCACCUCAUGGUUGGAUGUCCCCAACAAAUACGCAUAAUAGACUUGGUGCUGUCGCUUUCUACGGGACCAACAUUCAGAGGACUUGACAGUGGAACAGUGAUGGUGACAGACGGCUCCGAGCUCAAAGUCACACCAAUGGCUGUUGCUAAUGUUCCUCCGCCAAUGGCAUACAGAGAGAUCGAGAUUGGCGAAUGCAUUACUGAUACUGCUUGCUCGUCAUCGAAUGAAUUGGUGGUGGCUCUCACAAAUAACCAGAAUUUGGCAUCCAUUGCGGUGCCCUUUGAAGGUCCUUCUAAAGUGUUGAAGAAGCAAAGCUUGAAAGACUUUCUCCUGCCAGACGAGAGUCCAAGACAAAUAGCGUUUGCACGUUCAACCGCUGCAGUUCUCGUCGACGGAGACGUUCAAAAAGUACUUUUCUUUGACAUCGAUCUUGACGCAAAAAUCACAUUCAAAGACUCAAUGGACACUCCAGCAAAGAUAGUUCUUCUCAAACUGUCUUCGAACUACGAUUCAUGGGUUCUUGAAUCCUCGAACGGAACAGUGUACCGUCACAUAAACGACGAAUUUCAACCCGUUACCAGGUUUCCUCAACUUUGCAGAGAUUUCGAGAUGGCUGUUCAAGACAACAAUAUUUCAGCUUUUGGGAUCUCAGCCAACGGUAAGCUCUUUGCAAACGAAACCCAAAUUUGUUCCGGUGUCACUUCAAUCAAAGUGACAGAAUCACAUCUUCUUUUCACAACUGUGCGUAACCACCUUUGCUUUGUUCACUUGAACGAAAAAUACCAAGAGUUUGACGAGGUUGCGAAAACAGGUUCCGAUGAAAGAAUCCGCCAAAUCGAGCAAGGAUCUUUGCUUGUCACUGUAAUGCCAUCAAAAUACUCGGUUGUGUUGCAAGCACCUCGAGGAAAUCUCGAACGAGUUUGUCCGAGAAUCAUGGUGCUCACAGCUGUUCGUGAUUUCAUUCGUAACAAGCAGUUUGGUGAAGCAUUCAUGGCUUGUCGUGUCCAUCGAAUUGAUUUAGAUAUCCUUCAUGACUACGAUCGCGAGUUAUUUUUUGACAAUGUGGAGCUUUUCGUAAAGCAAAUUAACAAAGUAGAACAUUUGGACUUGUUCGUCUCUUGCAUCCACGAAGAGGAUGUGACAAAGACAAAGUACAGAGACACAUUGGGCGAGGUGGAUGACAUUUCAGCUGAAGCCCAGGUAGAUCAGGAAGACAAUAAUGUCAAUUCUGUCAAGAAGAUAAUCCGCAACAAAGAAAAUACUGCGGUGGUUGAAAACAGUAAAGUGAACAAGAUUUGCGAUGCUAUAUUGAAAGUGCUUUGCAAACCCGCCUAUUUCGAUUCUCAUCUUCAAACCAUCGUAACGGCGUACGCCUGUCAAAGUCCUCCAAAUUUGACCGAGGCACUCAAUUUAAUCAACAGCCUCCAAAACUCAGCUCAGGCGGAACUGGCGCUUGAACACUUGUGCUUCUUGCAAGACGUCUUGAAGUUGUACAAGACAGCGUUGGGAAUCUAUAAUGUGAAAAUGACCUUGGCAAUUGCCCAAAAAUCCCAAAUGGACCCUAAAGAAUACUUACCUUUCCUCCAAAAUUUGCAUGAACAAAGCGAGUUACGGCGCCGGUUCCUUAUUGACGACUUCUUGAAAAACCACGUCAAAGCACUCGAUUGGUUACAUCAACUUGGUCCAGAAGCGGAACAGGAAUUUGACGACUAUACCGUCAACCACAGCUUGUACCAGCGAGCAUUGCAGAUUCACCACGAUGACGAAAAAAGAGUGCAAAAAAUUACCAAAUUGUAUGCCGACUUCUUGGUUCUGCAACAAAAGUAUGUGGAUGCAGCUGUCAGCUACGAAUACUUGGGCGAGUUGGACGCAGCUUGUGAGAGCUAUGUUACUGCCAAGCGGUGGAGAGAAGCAUUGGCUCUUGUUGCUGGAACAGACAAGCUUACUUUUAUUGCCAUAAAGCUCGUGAGUUCUCUUUCUGACGAUCACCGGUAUUCUGAAGCGGCAGUCAUUCUGAAGGACUAUUUGCACCAGGUGGAGGAAGCUGUGGUUUUAUACUGCAAAAGUUACCGUUAUGACGAAGCAAUUCUUUUGUCUUUACAAAAUAAUCGCAAAGACCUUCUUGACAGUGUUGUGGACGGACAACUUGGAGAUGGGUUUGGUACGAUUGCUGAACUUUUGGCCGACUGUAAGGGCCAAAUGACUUCUCAGCUUCGUCGUUUGCGCGAGUUGCGAGAAAAGAAGAGCCAAGAUCCAUAUUCAUUUUACGAAAAUCCUGAAGCUGUCGAAACAGCAGAUAACGUAUCGGUGGCCGCUUCGGAGACCUCGACUGCUCCGUCGUUCUUCACACGUUACACCGGCAAAACCAGCGGAACUGCCAAGACUGGAGCCUCGAGAAAGACUGCCAAAAACAAAAAGAGAGAAGAAAGAAAGCGUGCCAAGGGAAGGAAGGGCACCAUAUACGAGGAGGAGUAUCUCAUCAAGUCUGUGGGACGAAUGGUGGAGCGAUUGGAGCAAACCCAGGGAGAUGCAGUAAGACUUCUUGAAGGACUCUUGAGACGCAAGAAGAAGGAACAAGCGUACAGUCUUCAAAAGAGCUGGGUGGAAUUGAUCCAAUACAUUUCCGACAACAUUGAAGAGGUUCACAAAAUGGACAUCAAGGACCGUGAGCGUAUUGAUGAUAAUGGAGAAGUGUACUUGAUCGACGAGAUACCUGUUCCGAAGGUGCCGGAGUUUCCACGGUUGCCAAUGCUCGAUUACUAG